AUGGUCAGCGAGCUUGAUAACCAACAAAAACUCAAUGUGAUCAAUGGUCAGCACCACAGAGCUGGUGGUUUAACUGUUACAUUAGCUAGGUCAGAUGGUAGUAUUCUUGGUGGAAGUGUGGCUGGGUUACUAAGAGCUUCCUCUCUUGUUCAGGUUAUUGUUGCUAGUUUUACUACACAAGAAGAGAGAGACUCAAAGCUAAGGAACAAACUUGAAAAUUUGUCUACUUGGCCAAAGCUUGCACAGGAACCAUCAACUGUUGGAAGCUCAGCAUCCCAUGGAACCCUUAACCAAUCAUUUGUUCAGCCUAGAUUCCCUUUUAAUCAAAGCACCGGACCCUAA